AUGUGUCAGAGUCGUGAUUCCGGCAUAGAGCACGAGCGGGAGGCCGAGCGUUUCCAACGGCUGAAGCGACCAAGUGAAGGCAGACGGGGCUCUGUGAAAGGCAAAGAUCACCUCCGAACAGCUCCCCGUCCAGGCGAUCUCAAUCUCCCUCCACGCAUGCCCGUUCAGGUUAUUGAUGAUACCCGCCGCUUGCAUUCAACAACAUCGCUUAUUUCACUGCCUGUAUGUAAUCCUGCGCUGGCCAAUCUUACGUCAGGGCGCGCAAGGAGUGACAGCCUUGGCUUGCAAACCACUACAGUUUCAGGUAGAAAUCUAUCGAUUGAUACCCUAAAGCCCUCUCUUUUGUCCAAAGAAAUAGCCAUCGCAGUAGUCGGUUCAUCCGGUUGUGGCAAGUCGACAUUCAUCUCGGAGGACGCUAAAGCCCACGGGGCAUCGGACAUCGAGGCACUAUUUGCGUCGCCGAGUGGAACUUUUUCUUCCACUCCUUUCUGUUACACGCGCCACUUUGACUGGGCGAUACCACGCGAUUUCCCCAUGGUAAUCUAUGAGUUAGACAUUGCAAAGGUCCUGCACGAAUGCCUUCCACCCGUCAGUGGGGUUGUCGUGUGUUAUGAUGCUGCCAACAAGGCUUCGUUUUCUCCUGUGGAAGAGUUCCUCGGGCGGAUACGACCGUUGAAGCUUUCGACUAUAGCAGUGGCCUUGAAGACAGACUUGGAUGUCGCUGUCGAUCCGCGGGAUUCUUCGAAACUGUUGGAAAACUACGAGGUCGGUCUGGUGCAGGUCGAUCACUUGGGAGAAGCAGGGAGAGCUAGGAUAAAGAAAGUGUUUAAUUGGUUGACGGUAUCUAUCUUGCCAGGUCCUCAUGCUGAUCUACGAAAUCCCGCAUCACCAGAAGUUCGCCACUCACCGUUUACUUGGGAAGCCCGAGCAUCAGCAUCAUCAGCCACACCCACCGUCUCUUCCACAGCUUUUACGCAGACCGUGUCCCAAGACCAUGGUAGCUCGUUGCGACAUUCGCCCACUUCUACACUCCCAUCAUCUCCGCCGCCAAUCGCCAUCUCUCCAACGCGUGCCCGGUCAACUCCAGAUCUCCUCUCGACACAUGAGAUGUCGAAAUUACGAGAGUCGUCUGAGCGAAAGUUAUCGAAUGCUCGCAGUGUCACGAGCUUUGUUGGGUCGUCAAGCGCAAAUUCCUCGUCGUUCAGCUCCUUUAUUUCUGGGAGAGAUGCUUCCUUGAAUGUUACUGAGAACGGCCAUUUUGAUCAUCCUGUAAGCAAAGAGAAGGAACCUCGCUCAGGGCAAUAUGCAACCCUGGAGGAGUUACUCGAUAAAUUACUAUUCCUUGCUGUCAGCGGUGAUGAUCCAACGUUUAUCUCGCAUUUCCUUCUUACAUAUCGAAGAUUUGCAAGUCCUCGCAGUAUUUUGUUGGCUAUGCAGAAGCGAAUGCGAGAACUCGACAAUUUGACUGGGGAUCCGAUGUUUGCGAGCUACGCACAGAUGAGGAUAUGCCACCUACUUGAAACCUGGAUCCGGACGUAUCCACAAGACUUCGCCGUUCCAGGGGCCCCUGACGCCUUAAAAGCCCUGGUCAAAUCGAUCGUCGGGAAAACAUAUCUCCUACAUUACGGUUCCGAUUUCCUCCCGUUUGUUUCACAUCUUCCUAACAUCAUAGACACGGAUGCGGCCUGGGCGCUAAAAUCCGAAAAUCCUGUGGACGAGAGCGAGGACCCAUACGUCAUAUCAGACGGAGAGGAGGAAACACUGGUUGUUGAGACCGAAUCACCCUCUACGAGCCAUUCGUCGGUGGCUCGCUCGAACGACAACCUUCCUAGUGCAGCGAGCGUCAGGGAACGCAAGUCAAGCUUGCCGCUUAGCGCGAAGAUAUUUUUACCAGUGAAUUCGAGUCACAGCCAAGGAGACGCUCAAGAUAUGUCUCCGAAGGACCUCCUGGUCAAGCUAAGGAGUAAUGCCCAGACUCUGGCUAACUUUGAUUGCUCCGCGAUUGCGGAGGAGAUCACGCGAGUGGAAGCGAAGUUAUUCAUGGAUAUCGAGCCACGGCACUGGUUGCAAUAUACCCUCAUACCCGGACGCAAAGACCCUGAGUUGGACUCAAUAUCUCGAUUCAAUGCUAUCUCCAAUCACCUCGCCGAUUGGGUGGUAUCCCUCAUACUAUGUCACGACAAACCGAGGCACCGCGCAAGACAAAUAGAGCGAUUCGUGGAUAUCGCGCACGAGCUCCGCGCAUUAAACAAUUACUCAGCACUGCGUGCUUUUGUCGCUGGAAUCAACAACUCUACUUUCCAAGGCGAUGAAACCAUGGAGAUUUUCAAAAACAAGACUCCGGAUCACUACAAGAAUCUCUUGUCUUGGGAUGUUCUUCUUCAACAUCGCGGAGCUCAUCAGGCUUAUCGUAUGGCGCUCAAAAAUACUAAAGGCGCUUGUAUACCAGCACUGGAGGUCCAUAUGUCUGACCUUAUCCGUGCCCAUGAAGGAAACCCCAAUGUCAAUCUGGAUGAUCCUACAAAAAUCCAUUGGGGCAAAUUUAAUAUGUUUGGUCGGUUUAUUCAAACUACCACCCACUGCCAGAUACAGUGCCAAACAAAUCCGGAUUAUUGCCUACCGUCACGAGAUCGAUUACUGAAGGUCAUAUUUAACGAAUAUGUCAUGUCGGAAGAUAUGCAAACAUCUCGAAUGGCGCCUCUUCCAGACUCAGAUUUAGUUGAAGAACCCUUCCGCUCCACGCUGCCUCGAACAAUGUCACGCGAACAUUCAACAUCCUCCCAGAGAGACGCAACAAUUCUUCGCAGAAUACUGCAACGGUGA